UUUUUAGAAUGAGGCUUAUAUUUGCCACUGCGGCAAUAAUGCUGCUGCAACUUACCAGCGCACAAGAAAAUGCUUGGAAUUGGGGAAACGAAAAACCAGAAGCUCCCAAACCAGUCGAACAGGAACAAAGCAACUUAAACUACCAGGAAUAUCAAGGAUCAUCGAGCGACUACUCUGAACAAGGAGUUAAUUUGAAUAACACAGAAGUUGAAAAAGUUGUCGAUGACAUUUUAGUUUCGAAUAGGCAAGGAAGAAACUUGGAAGGAUACGAUGAAGUUUACAGCGAUCCCUCUGUACAAGAAGUUUUGCAAAAGGGAGAUGAUAGGGAAGCAAGGAAUGUCAUAAAAGAACGUUUGUGCUACUUGGGUCUUAUGCAAUGUGAAGAAGAUAUUGAAGGUAAACGUCCAUACAUCUCGCCAGAAGAACUUAUUUACGCACAACCUGUAGCUAUUAACCCAGUAGGACAGCCAAUUCCAACAAUCCCAGUUAAAGGGGGCAGAGGUCACAACUACGGGCCACCUAGGCCAGUUCCUUAUCCAAAUGGCGGUAAAUUUGGACCUCCUCCAAACAAGUUUGGGCCUCCUCCAAGCAAAUUUGGCCCGCCACCAAAUAAAUACGGUCCCAACCCAAAUUUUUCUCCAAACAAACCUCCAAGACGCGGAUACGGACCAAUCCCAUCGGGAAAACCAAUUUACAAUAAACCACCACCAUUUGUCUCUGGCGACGUCUAUGAUAGUCCACCAGAAUUUGUGAAACCCGGAUUUUCCGGAGAUCUUCCGUACGAAUUUGACUCGAGCAAUUUUAAUUCUUUCACCAACAAAGACAAAGAGAUCAUUCUAAAAGAGAAAGACAAGGUUGAACAUGUCCACCAUCAUUACCAUCAUAAUUUGGAAGGUGCUAAUAAAGCACCAACUGUCAUUGUAAAUCCUAUUCCAGUAGCCGCCGCAGCUGCAGCUUCAGAAGCCGUCUUACACUCUCAAUCAAAUCAAUUUGGAAACUUUGGAUCCAAUUCACACCACACCCAAACAUCUUCGUUUAAUCCAAUAACAAAUCCAGGUUUUGGCGGUGCUUCACUUAGUGGUUCAGGCUUCACCGAAUCCAACUCAGGAUUUACCAACUUAAAUGUAAAACCAGGUUUGACAAUUGGAGGCUCUGGAUUAACAAGUGGUAUAUAUGGCGGACAAUCCAUUGCAAAUUACGGCGGUUUAAACUCAUAUCAGACCAUUAAGCCCAUACAAGAAAACAACUAUGGUGCUCAAACUUUCGGCUCUAACAACUUUGGAUCCAACAGUUUUGGAACAUCCGUGGGAGCUUUCGGUUCAUCUGAGCUUUACAAAAAAGAACUUAACUUAAACUCCGGUAAUUCCAACUACCUUCAAUCUAACUACGCCGAUAAAUACCAAGGAUUAGCAUCUUCUAAAGCCGAAAACUACGAUUGUGUGUGCGUACCAUACGACCAAUGUCCAACUCAAGACGUUAUCGGACGCAAAGAUGACUUGUAUCUUGCUAUUGAUCCAAGACACAUUAAAAGUGAUAUUGCCGCAGAAGAAGAACGAGUCAUCACAGAUGGAAAUGGUACUAUGACCGUCGUUAGAGUACCAAAGGACACUGGCAAUGCUACAGUGGCCGAAGACGAAAAAACUGAAGAAAAGAAAAUCGUCAAACGUGAAGCGCCUGUUAACAAAGAUGAUCCAUCUAAGGCAAAGGCUGAAGCUCGACAAUACGGGACAAAUAACAUGAUGAAGAAAAUUAAACCUACCCUUGGUAUAUCAUUUGGAUUACCACAACAAGGAGGCGGUGGAUACCCAAUAAACCCUUACGGCCCGAAUCCUCAUAUUAAUCCUUAUGGAAGUUCUAUCGGCUCCACUGGCAUUAACCUCGGUUUAGUAUCUGUAAAUCCCCUUAUUUCCGUUCAACUUUCCAAAGACGAUUAUGGCGAUAAAGUAAUAAAGCCUUUUGUUAACUUGCAUGUUACUCCAAAUAAUUACUUGGUGAACAAAUUUGAAGAUUUAAUUCAUUACAAAAAAGGAUAUGUGUACAAUAAGCACAAGCACUACCACUACCAUAAACAACCCCAUUACUAUCCUCCACAUGGUCAUAUUUCUCAUGGAGCUGAAGUAUUUCGCGAACCAUCAGAUUUCCAUCAUGAUUUUCAUGGACCAACUUAUGAAGGUCCCAUAGAUCAUCACGGUCCAAAUUAUGGUGGUCCCAUAGACCACCAUGGUCCUUCUGGACCGCCAGAAUCCUUCGGACCUUAUGACGGUCCACAUGGUUCAUUCCACCCUCCAUCUUUCGAUCACCAUGGCCCCCCAUCAUUUGAUCCCCAUGGGUCACCAAAUUUCCAUGUUGAUGAGGGUCAUUAUGGCCAUCAUGAUCAUAAUCCAAGUAAUUUUUUUGAUGAUCCAUUAAAUUAUGGCAGCAAUUCUGGGCUUGACUAUUUUUCUGGUAGAACUUUUGAUAAUAACACCAAUAAUUAUGUAGAUGGUAAUAGCAUUUUACAGCAAGUUCAGGAUCUUUAUAAUAAGGGAGUUAAUUAUUACGGUGGUCAAAACUCGAUACAAUUCGAGGGCGAAUCAAGCUCUGAUAGAAUUUCCAAUAAGAGAAGCGGUAAAAGCCUUAAAACUCAAACAAACACAUUCAAAUUUCCUUCGAAUAGAAAAAGACGAGACGUGACUGAAGACGAAAAUAUUAAGUCAAAAUCCAUCAAGCGUCAAGCCUAUUACGGAAACAACUAUGGAAGGCCACAAACUUGCGGACCCAGACACGUUUGCUGCAAAAGGCCACUUCGUCCACAAAUUCCUUCAGGUAACUUGGGCAACAGACAAUGCGGUACCAGACAUUCGCAAGGUAUCAACGGACGUAUUAAGAACCCAGUGUAUGUUGAUGGUGACAGUGAAUUCGGUGAAUACCCAUGGCAAGUCGCCAUAUUGAAAAAAGAUCCCAAGGAAAGCGUUUACGUCUGUGGAGGAACUUUAAUCGAUAAUCUCCAUAUCAUCACUGCUGCUCACUGUGUAAAAAGCUACACUGGUUUUGAUUUGAGAGUACGCCUUGGUGAAUGGGAUGUAAACCACGACGUUGAGUUCUAUCCCUACAUCGAAAGAGAUAUUAUCACGGUUACCGUCCAUCCUGAAUUCUAUGCAGGUACACUUUACAACGAUCUCGCCAUCCUCCGCAUGGACAAACCAGUGGACUGGAGCAAAUACCCGCAUAUCAGCCCGGCUUGUUUGCCAAACCCACAUGAUGACUACACCGGUACCAGGUGCUGGACAACUGGAUGGGGCAAAGACGCUUUCGGCGACUUUGGAAAGUACCAAAACAUACUUAAAGAGGUUGAUGUACCAGUUGUAAAUCAAGGAGUAUGCCAAAGACAAAUGCAGCAAACCAGGUUGGGAUACGACUUCCAGUUGCAUCCAGGUUUCAUCUGCGCCGGUGGUGAAGAGGGCAAAGACGCCUGCAAAGGUGAUGGGGGCGGUCCAAUGGUGUGCGAACGUGCUGGUACCUGGCAGGUGGUUGGCGUGGUAAGCUGGGGAAUCGGUUGCGGCCAACCUGGCGUCCCUGGAGUCUACGUGAAAGUAGCCCACUAUCUCGACUGGAUAAGACAAGUUACACAAAGAUAUUAGACUUGCAAUAAUUUAUUUAGAAUAUUAUUUUAUUAUUUAAUUUAUGAUUAGAUGUAAGGCUAACUUAUUUUUGUACAGUAAUGUUAGGACUUCUGCUUGAUGUGAUAAGUAAGUCAAC